UUUCAGUUGUCUGGAAACCGGCCGGCAAAACAGUUCUUCCAUUUGUAUUUUUAUUUUAAACUUUUUUCGUUCAUUUUGUGAAUAAAUAAAAAAAAAGUAUAAUGGCAAAUCCACAAGCAGAACCCAAAUACACCCAGCUAUUCAUUAACAACGAGUUUGUCGAUGCUAAAUCGGGUAAAAAAUUCCCUACCGUCAAUCCUGCAACAGGCAAAGUUAUUGUCGAAGUUGCUGAGGGUGAUAAGGCUGAUGUAGAUUUGGCUGUAGCUGCUGCCAAGAAAGCAUUCCAUAGAAGUUCGGCAUGGCGUGCCCUGAGUCCUUUGCAGCGUACCGAAUUGAUGUUUAAGCUUUGCGAUCUGAUGGCUCGCGACAAACAUUUCUUGGCUAGCCUUGAGACUCGCGACAAUGGCAAGCCCUAUGCUGAGGCUUUGUUCGAUGUGGAAAUUUCCAUCAUGACCUUGAAAUAUUAUGCCGGCUGGACCGAUAAAUUCUUUGGUGAUACCAUCCCUGCUGGUGGUUUCAUCUCCAUGACACGCAAAGAACCAAUUGGUGUUGUAGGACAAAUCAUCCCCUGGAACUACCCCUUGCUCAUGUUGGCCUGGAAAUGGGGUCCUGCUUUGGCUGUGGGCUGCACCAUUAUUAUGAAACCUGCCGAACAAACUCCCUUGACUGCUCUACACAUGGCCGCCUUGUCCAAAGAGGCUGGCUUCCCCGCUGGUGUCAUCAAUGUGAUUACCGGCUAUGGUCCCACAGCUGGUGCUGCCAUAUCUGAACAUCCCGAAAUCCAAAAAGUGGCCUUCACUGGCUCCGUAGAAAUUGGCCGCAUUGUUAUGGAAGCUGCUGCCAAAACCAAUCUUAAACGUGUCUCCUUGGAAUUGGGUGGCAAGAGUCCAGUGGUGGUGUUCGACGAUGCCGACAUUGAUUUGGCUGUAGAUAUUACCCACGAAGCAUUGUUCUCCAAUCAUGGUCAAAGCUGUUGCGCUGGUAGCCGUACCUAUGUUCAUGAGAAAAUCUAUGAUCAAUUUGUGGCUAAGGCUGUGGCCAAGGCCAAGGCCCGCAAGGUUGGCAAUCCCUUCGAUGAGACGGUCUUGCAAGGUCCUCAAAUCGAUGAUGAGAUGAUGACCAAGGUCCUGGGCUUCAUUGAAAGUGGCAAGAAGCAAGGUGCCAAAUUGCAAUGCGGUGGCAAUCGCAUUGGCGAUGUCGGCUUCUUUAUCGAACCAACUGUAUUCUCAGAUGUUCAAGACAACAUGAAGAUCGCUCAAGAAGAAAUCUUUGGCCCCGUGCAAUCCAUCUUUAAGUUCAGCAGCAUUGAGGAAAUGAUUGACCGCGCCAACAAUGUGAAAUAUGGCUUGGCCGCCGGUGUUGUCACCAACGACAUCAACAAGGCCAUGCAUUUUGCCAACAAUGUGGAUGCCGGUUCCGUAUGGAUCAAUUGCUAUGAUGCCGUUUUGCCACAGACACCUUUCGGUGGCUACAAACACUCUGGCAUGGGUCGCGAAUUGGGCAAGGACGGUUUGGACAACUAUUUGGAGACCAAAACGGUUACCAUGAAAUUGGUCUAAAUUUUUAAUUAAAAAAAGCUAUCCACAUUCAAUCUUAACGGUAAACGGGGACAUGUAAGCACAAUAAAAACCGAUAAAAUAAAGAGUAAAAAUACAAACAUUAUAAAAA